AUGUCUUGCGGUCAUAAUCGUCGUCGACCAAAAGUCCCUUCAAAGUUUAGUACACGGUUGACUGAUCAACAUGAAUCUUUGGUAGUCAACACACAAUCAACAGAAAAAAAUCAUAAAUUAUCUCACAGUAGAAAAAGUAAACAUACAGAAAAUUUAUCAGAACAAACAUCACAGGAAAAUACGGUUGAUUUCGAUCGAUUUCGAAUCUUAGAUGAUGAUGGCAAUGAUGUUACACCACGACUUAUUACUGAUUAUGUUCGAAUUAAUAUAAAAAAUCGUUGUGAAGAUGAAAAACCAACAACAGAAAUUGCCAAUAAACGGGUAAUGGAAAAUCAAGAAUCAUCUGUCUCUGAUAAAAGUAUUCUGGGUAUGACAAAUGUAACAACUUCAACUUCACAUAUGAUUCAUACUGGUACAUUAUUUUCUGCUGGAGAAAAAGCAACACUUGAUAUAGGUACAAGAAUUAUAUUAGAAAGUGAAUAUUUACUUAGUCAAACUCAUAAUAAUCGAAAAUCUCGUACUGAUAAUGAAAAUGAAGAAUACCAAGCAAAGUUUUUACCUGGAUUUGGUCUUCAAUGGAUUGAUUCAUUGACAGAUAAUAUUUUAUUAAGUGAAACUGAAACUAUAUUUAUUUUGGAUUUGACUAGUCAUAUUGUCUGGCAAGAAGAUAAUGAUGAAUACAAUAAAUUAUGUGAAAAUCGACAAGGCAAUGAUCUCUAUAUAGAACGUGGUAUGCAAACAUUUAAUGAUUUAUCUAAACAUGAACAAAUUAUUACUGAUCCUGUAUUUAUACGAUCACAACAAUCAUGGUCUAAUACAUGGGAUCUAUAUGAUUCUGCGGUUGAAGCUAAUCAAUAUGAAGGCAAAAUCUAUCGUCAAUAUAUGAUACAUGAAAAGGAAAAUCUCAAUGAUAAUAAAGUUAUACAUAACGAAUAUCAAUAUAGUAAUAUAGAUCGAAAAAUGUUUUCUAAUGAAUCAUCCAAAACAUUUUCAUCACACAGUUCAUCUACUUUUUUUUCACAAGAAUCUCUAGUAAAGAUGACUUCUUCAAAAAACAAUUGUUUUCAAUUGAAUGAUAACAAUAAAAAUAAAUUACCUGAUAUUGAUGUCGAUGCAUUUAUUAUGGAACGUAUUCUUAACUUGAGUACAUAUCAUAUAAAACAAGUCGUUUAUCGAGGCAUUAAUACAAAUUUUAAUAUUAAUCGAGACAACAAAAAUAAUUUAUCAUUGAUGAAGACUACAAAUCUUAGUCUUGAACGUUUAUGGCAAUAUAAUUGUUAUCUAACACAUAAUCGAAAUGUAUCUUGUUUAUGUUGGAAUGAACAAAAUCAUGAUAUAUUAGCUGUAGGUUAUGGUAAAUUUCAAUAUAAUGAUGAUAAAGAAGGUCUUGUUUGUUGUUGGAGUGCAAAAAAUCCAGAAUUUCCUGAACGUUAUUAUCAAACGGAUGCUGGUGUAACAUCAUUAUCAUUUUCAAUCAAACGUCCAAAUUUAUUAGCUAUUGGCUUAUUCAAUGGUAAUAUAUGUGUGUUUGAUCUCAAUCAAAACAAUACUUCUCCAAUCGUCGAUACGAAUGAUUAUGAUAAAAAACAUGCAAAUCCGGUUUGGCAAAUAGCAUGGUACGAACGAGAUCGUUCAUCUGAGAUAAGUAAUAUUGAAACACUAAUAUCGAUUUCAUCUGAUGGUCGUAUUACACAAUGGAUUCUUCGAAAAGAAUUUGAAGCAACUGAUAUUAUGCGUUUAAAACCUCAUCAUUCAUCAAAAACAACAUGUCAAAUAUUAAAAACAAAUGAUGAGACACAGAGUAAAGAAUAUUUUUCAAAUUUUGUUGGUGGUCUUUGUUUUGAUAUUCGUUUGAACGAUAAAACUAUUUAUUUAUGUGGUACUGAUGAAGGACCUAUUCAUCGAUGCUCGACGAUAUAUAAUGAAAAAUAUUUGGAAUCUUACAUAGGUCAUACAGGUCCUGUUUAUAAAGUUCAUUGGUCACCAUUUGCUGAAAACAUAUUUUUAAGUGCUAGUGCAGAUUGGACAGUUCGUUUAUGGAUGAUUGGAUAUAAUCAAUCGUCCAUGAUAUUUUCAUCAUCAAAUUCAAAAGUAUUUUUUGAUGCUAUUUGGUCACCUAAAUCAUCAACGAUGUUUUGUUGUGUUAGUGAGAAUACAAUUGAAAUUUGGGAUUUAUCUAAGAGCACACUUGAUCCAAUUUGUAUUGCUAAUAGUACAAAUCAACGUACAUUAACGUCGAUUACUUAUGCUACAGAUUCUGAUAUUGAUCAAAAAAGCAAACGACCGAACGAUGUUGGAAAUCGUAAAACAGUUCAUUUUACUCGAUAA